UGUUAUGCUCAGAAAAGUCCAUUUACGUUUGAGUUCGCGCAAUAAACUUCAACUUCAUUACUAUUUGUAUGUCGAUGUCAGCCUUUGCUAGCGCCACUCCUGUAUUUUCUUGGAUUUAGUGAUUACAACACAGUUUUAUAGUUAUUUUAAGUUCAUUAGUAAAGCACCAUGUGAAUAGAAAGUUUACCAGAGGAAUUUAUUAUCUUAUAUUAGAGGCGUAGUGUCAAAAAUUUAAAGAGUAAUAACCCGGUUCAAUGUCACUAAUUCCUGUCAUCACAUAAUGAGGAACCUUAAUAAUGACUUAGAUUCUUUUAACUUCAAGAAAGUGACUUAAUUUAAUAUAUAUAUAGUAUCUUUUAUCAUGAAUUUUCGACCAGAUCUAAGAAACAAGCCACACAGUGCUUCAUUCACUAACUUACAAAUAAGUGAAUCUUUUAGUCACUUCCGGUCUGUGAGUUACUUUCAGGCUGUGACAAAUGCAUCAAUUUCCGGUUCCCAAAAGUCCUUUGAUACCCGUUCAUCGAUUGAAAAAUCUGCAAUUGGCAGAAUUCCAUCUAUUAGCACGCCUUGCACACCCAAAAAAAUUGAGAUCGAGAAGUACUCAACAUUACCUGUCACGACCAGCAAUAAUUCCUGUUAUCCAUCGAAAAAGACUAGAAGUUCCAGUCUUUCUAGUUUUUUCCGAAAACUGAAACCUAGGUUCCACAGAAGUUCAUCGGAUGGUAGAAACCCGUGGAUUGUCAUUGAAUUUGCAUCUCAUGACAGUGAUGACGUGUCUUCCGUAAGUGACAGCAGUGACCACUCAGUUGAACUAGCUGUAAAAAGUAAAGUCCAGCAUUUUACAUCUCUCAAAGACCUUUAUGACAAUAGUAAUGAUAUCUGCAACUGCGCUUUGAGCAACAAGCGCAAAGACAGUUCGAGUUUGUCUCCGAAGUGCAAUUUAAAUUCAAACAGUGUUAGUAAAACCUCUGUUAAUUUUGACUGCAAGAGCCAACAAGGUGCUCACAACAAAUCUGAAAGCUCAAUUUUCUUUAGACUUUCUCCUCGUAGAAGGCUUGAAAAUCUUAAACAUAUGUUGAAGAAUUUCUCAAAGCGCAGGAAGUGCCGCAAUUCUCCUUCCAUGUUUUCUUUGGAUUCCAGGACCUGCACUUUUAAAAGUGAAUCCUGCUUAAAAUCAGACUAUACAACUACAAGUGGUGCUUUUUCUAGUUUUAGCCAGAUUGAAAAUGAUAGAGCUUCACCUACAUUUCAUUUUUGCAACCAAAGUAAACAAGAAAAUCUGAGGUCAUUGAGGCAUUCUGCUGACAUAAGUUAUCUCUUGCGAAUACCUAAUAGUAGAAGCUCUAAUUCAAGUCUUUCAUCUGUUUUAGAAGACAGCUGUGCUUUGAAGCGAGCCCAACCGCCUAAAACUCUAAGCUUGCCUAACAAAUCUUUUCAUGACCAGCAAAGACUUAAGGUUUACCAAAAAAUGGCUUCUGUAGAAUCUAUAGGUGCUUGUUCUUUAGAUUUUGAUUCCAGUGACCACUUUAUGGCAAAAGAUCUCACUGCUUCAGAAUGUACUUUACUUAGUAAUGGUAUCACGCCGUCCAUCCCUGAAGUGGCAAGAAAUGGUGAUCUGCACGCUGAUGGGCCUUCUUCAGAACAAAGAUCUUCUGAGGAUAAACCAUUGACGAAUGGUUUUAAACCUGAUGAGAAAAAGGAGUGCAGUAUUGCUGAAAUCAAGCUACCUUCAUAUGUGAGCAUCAGCUGUGCCAUCAACGGGUAUACCAGUUACAGCCGUUUUUGCCGUAGUAGAGAAAAUAGUCCAGCUCGUAACUCUUUUAGAAAAUCUAGCCUAGAGCCUAGCAUGCUAGCAGACAUGAAUCGUAAAGACUCUUUCGAUCAUCACUCGAACUGUAAAUAUUCUCGCAGUCAGUCCGAUUGCAACGGAACCAUGCAAAGUAUUUACACCGAAUCAAGACAUGUUACUGUUAGCAAACAGUUACAAAUUCCUCUAAAAUCUAGUAAGAAAUAUAUUACAGAGUUAUCGUUAAGCAAUGGACAUUCUUCUAUUGCUGAAAGGACAGAAGUUACCUCUCCAUCUAAAAAGCCCACAUCCAAUGGAGUUGGUAAUGAUAGUUUGUUACUUGCAAAAGAAGUUGGUAAUGGUGGUACUAAGUCCCUAGUACAACAGCGGAUUGAGAGUUUGUACGGGAGGACUGUAGGUGAAGAAGUUAACAUUAGUCUCAAAAAUAGUAACAAAACUAAGGACUCUGUUGUGAAUAAUGGUGAUAACAGUAUUACUCCAGUUCUUAAUGGAAAAAGUCAUACAGGUUCUGUUAGUCCCCCUGUUUUUAGGCAUUUAAAUAAAGAUUUCCGUAAACAACUUCAACAAGGAAACAUUCCUAAUAAUAAGACUGAAAAAGAAAAACCUGUGUUAAAGCCAUUGAAUACAUCACGCCAAACUUCUGAGAAGCAGGUAUUUUCACAAAAAGAAAAUUUCUCGCCCAUCAUUAAUGGAGUUGGGCAUGAUGAAUGUGAUAGAGUAAAAUCCAUGACUCCUCCCCCUAUCAAGUCUUUUGAUAGUAGUGAUAAAAGAAAAAUUGCUCAAUCUAAUGAUUCAGAGAGAGAAGGCUACAAGUUUUUAAACCUAAUUGACAUCGAAAAGGAGAAAAUUGAGUUGGAAGUUAAGAAAUUGGAGGUAGAACUAAAGAACAAUCCAAGCAUCCCAGAGGAAGCAUCUGGGAAGAUUCGUGCUGCUUGUGGAAAAGCCAAUUUACUCAUGACGCAAAAGUUUGAACAGUUUAGAGGACUUUGUUGGAAGAAUAUAGAAGAAAUUCCCGGUGUGCCUUUCUAUACAACUGCCUCAGAUCUUGCUGGAUUUUGGGAUUUAGUAUUGCUUCAAGUUGAUGACAUAACUUCUACUUUCAAAGAUAUUGAAGCAAUGAAAAACAAUGGUUGGAAAGAAAUAGUAUCUGAAAAGCCUGCAACAUCGCAACCUAAGUUCCGACAUUCUGUGGCAAAUGCUGUAUCUAGGUCGAAUCCUACUACUCCUAAGCGAUCUGCUAAAUCUUCAGAAUUAAUGAAAGCAAGGGAGGAAGCUCGUAAGCAAUUACUAGCUGCGAAAAAGAAAGGCCGUCAGCAAGCUGUUGCAAAUGAUGAUGAAAUAGCCAUUUUUGCCCCUGCUCCUAGUUAAUACAGAGACUUGGAAAUGCGUAACUUUUUUGACUUGUGAUAUCGGAUAUUGAUGAUCUUAAUAGUUAGAUGAUUAGGCUCAAUAAUACUCAAUUUUAAAAUUACUCCAUUAGUAAUAAUUAUUAUUUUUGCUAUGGUACGUUUUUGACAAUGAAUAAAUUUAUUUUGCAUAUCUUAUGUUUAUGAAGUGAUAUUGAGAAUGUAUUGUUUUCGUGUGUAUUUACUUUUGAGUGUAUUUUUAAUUAUUUUCAGAGUUGUAAUUUUUCUUUUUCGUAUUUUCAUUUGUGUGUGUGUGUUUUUUUUUUUUUAAAUAUGGUUAUAUCCUAUUAUAUUUGAGAUUAAAAUUUUGAUUAUAUUGUUAGUCAAAAUUGUCACUUAUAAAAUUUUAGCAAGCAGUUUUCCUUAUACAGAUUUUACAAAAUAUGAUUAAUACUUUUAGAUAAAUUUUUUUAUUACUGUUUAUAUCAUUCUUUUAAAUUAUAAUCCAACAUUAUUUUAAAAUUAAAUGUGUAUGAUAAGUUAAAAUCACACAUCCUAUAAUCAACUGUAUACAAAUGAAACUUAAUAAAUGUUAAAUAAGCUUAUUCAGUCUUUCACUGAGUUGCAUAAAAUAGUUGUCUUAAAUUAAACUGGUAUAAUAAAUUAUAGAAAAUAACUUGUUGAGGCUUAAAUAGUGAUUUCGAAAAUAAACUAUUUUUCAAAUUUAAUGAAGGAAAUUUUUCAAAGGGUAUAAUAAAUUCAAAUUUAUACUGCAUAUAGCUGUAUUAGCCUUAAGAAUAGUAUGCAGCAUAAAUUUGAAGUUAGAAAUUGCUCAUUGCAGUUUAUUAAUAAUAAAAUGGUUUUUCAAAUUAUUAUUUCAUGCAAUGCACUUAGUGUACUCAUUAAUUUUGCUGUAAAAUUUCUAUUAUUUGCACAAAAUGUAAGGAUCUAAAUUAAUGUAUUUAAAUCUUGUAAAUCUAAAAUCCCAGAUUUUCCUCUGACACUAAAUAUUUGGAAUUAGUGUUAUAAAUAUCUCUAAUUCUUAUUGUGUGCAUUUGAGGAGAACUCCAGACGCUAAAAGGCUAGGUCUGUCUGCUGCUAUUGUAACAAGCGAGACCAUAUUUCUGUAUAGAAGCAUGGAAUUUAUCUGUCGACACUUUGUAUUACAAAAUUGGAAUUCAUUUAAAUGCUAUAAGUGUUUGAAAUAGGUUUUUAAGUAUUUCAUGUAAUACAUUCCAUGCACAGUUAUUAAAUUUACCUGAAGGAUUCCUACUGUUAAGAAUAAUAAAAUAAUAAGAGGACAUCUUGAAAUUCUCUAUUAAGCUUUAUUUUUCAAAGUAUUAAAAAAUUAUCAUCACUUUCUCUCCCAUUAAAUGUCUAUUUUACUCUUUGACAAAUUUUUUUUUAAUUUUUAAUAUUUAGUGUUUUGAAUUUUUCAUAAAAUUUUCAAUUUGGUACUUACACUGCAUAAAAUUUUAAUUAAUGUUAAACAUUUACUACUUUGUUUAAUAGCUAGUUGAAAGUGUUAAUGGAUCAAUACAAAACUUUUAAAAAUGAUCAAAAUAGAAAGCUGAGAGUUUAGGAUUAGUUACAGUGACAGACUAUUUCCGAUAGUAUAUUUUGUUUUGUUUCAAUGCUGUAUGGAAAUAAUAUUAGUGGUGCAUGAAGGAUUAGAAUUAAUACAGUUUAUUGUCUGAGUAAAGAAGUGUUACAGCCUCAACAAUUUAUUUUAUUACUUCCUUUUUUUUCUCCUUCCAAUCUAUUCUGUACAAGCAUGCAAUUAUGAAAUCAUUUUUGAUAUUUCUUAAAAUAAUUAUCAAAAUACAUAUUAUGUUUAAUUGUAUCAUUGAAAAAAAAUCUUUUUUCAUGCAUGGUUAUGUUUGAAGCGCUUACAGGAAAUAUGUUAAAUGACAUUUUUCUGAACUUGGAAACAUGAUUAAGUUCAUUGUAUUAUUUGGCUUAUUUAAUUAGAAAAAAGAAAUAUUUAUGUAAUUUAUAUUUGAGCAUAUAACUAUUGAACAUUAAUUUAUUUUUUCAAAGCCUCAAAAAAAGCAUUUUGCAAGCAAUAUUCUGAAUUUGAAAAUUGGAUAUAGUUUGGUUUAUUAGUUUACUUUCUUAGUGUUAAGAUUUAACUUAUUUAAGAACUUGUCUUUCAAAUCCUUAGAUUUUUAAGUGAAAAGGCAUUUUUUCAAACUUGUUAAGCUUCGUGGUGUAUAUUCUUCUGAAUUUAAAUUUGAUAUUAUCAGCAGCAUUAUUUUGCUUAUUUGUGUUUGAAACAUUUAACUUAAUAACCUGUUUGGCAUGGAAAAAGUUUAGUAAACAAUUUUCUAAAAUGAAUAAGCAAGAUACAGUCGCUAAGUUUAAAUGUUCAGAAUAAUUAACUUAUUUAAAAUCAUGUUAAGUAUAGAAUGUUAAAUUGUUAUUCCAAAUCCUUAAAUAAGACAGCUUUUAAGGGGGACAAAAAUUACCGAACAUUUUUCUUAUGUUCUAUUUUCUGAACUGUAUUAUUAUUUAGCUAAUUUGAAUAUUAGAAAUGUUUAUUCGAGAACACACAAAGUAUAGAACAUCUAUUUAAUCUACCAAAUAAAGUAAUUCUUUUUUUUUUAUGGAAAAUUGAAUUUUUUAUAUAAUUUUCUGAUAUUUCUAUAAACUUUCUCAAAUUAAUUUAUCAUAGUAUCCCAUUCAACAUACAAGAAAAUGUCAAUAUUUAAAAUUUUAGUAUAUUUGUUUUCUGCUUCAUUUACAGUUUUAGUGUGAAAAAUGGUUGAAGGCAAAUUAUUGAAACUAUUAAUUUAAAAAAUUACAUGAUAAAAAUAAAGUAAAUAUAUUUAAAUAAAGACUUUCACUAGUUUUGUAUUUCACUAAGAACAAUAUUCAAAAGAAAAAAAAGUUUUGUAAAUGAAACAAAAAUUGGCCUCAAAGCUUCAUGAAAUUUUUAAUGAUAAGUUAAGAAUUUUAAUGGAAAUUCAUACUCAUUUUAACUUGACAUGUUAUUAUACAUCACCCAAAACGAGGUUAAAUGGAGAAAUAGCUUUAGUAGUGUGAUUUGAGCAGAGUAAACAAACUUGAAAUAAUGGCUGUUUCAUAACAAAUAAACAGGGAAGACUGCAAUUUUUUUGUUGACUCACAAUACAAGUUACAUUUGACUCCUAACAAAUUUUAUUUCUUCUCAUGCUAAUUAAGUACUCACCUCUUUUUACUAAUGAGGUAAUUUAAAAUGUGUAUAUUCCUUGCUUAAUGUAUAUUUGGUUUUCUGGUUUAUGAAAGUUAUGUAAAUACACGUGGUUUUUUAAUUAAUUCUGAUGGCUUUUAUAAUUGUUUAUUCUGAAAUUUUCUAUAGCUUUUAAUUGUAUAUAUACUGCAAUAUCUUGAUUCCUUCCUACUUUUUAGAAAUUAGACUUUCAUAGUUGUAAAGUAAUGCAGCUUUAAAAUUUCAGCAAAUUUCUUUCUUCUGAAUAAUUUGUAGUGAUGUAGUUUUAACUUUUAGGAGACUAGUGCAAUUAUGCCGUGCACAGUAGGGCAUUUUUUCCCCUCAAAUUAAGUGGAUAGAUUUUUUUAAAAAAAAAAAUAAAAACGAAUGCUUGCUUAAAUAUUUGUUUAUUUUUAUGUUAAUUCCCUGCAAGUUUUCUGUCUAGAUAAAUAUUGCAAUUAAUUAGAUUUAACAGUUUCAAUAAUUUUAAAUAAAAGUGUUGUGAAUUAAUUAAGUUAGCAACUUGUUAAUAGUAAUUCGUUUUUGUCAGAGUAUAAUAAAAUAUGAUUCAUAAUAUAGAAUAAGAUAAUUUUGAAUUAAUUAGUGUAAUUGAGCAAUUUAAAAAUUUAGGAUCAUUUAUUGAAUUUAAAUUCCCCAUAACGUCAGCUUAUUUAUAAAUUAUUUCUCCAUUCAGGAAUUUCCAUUUUAAAUAAAUUAUUUUCUUCACAAUCCUGCCUAGACUUUUAUUAAAAUGUAACAAUGAAUGUGAUAUGGUAACGACAUAAUAUAGGUAUUAUCACAAAAACUUGACAAUCUUGUAUCUAUGCAAAUCAAAUUAUAUUUGACUCUAAGAGUUAACAUAAUGUAAUAUUAAAUGCCACAGUUUAUUAUUAUUCUAAUUUUUAUCUAUAUGGUAUUUAUUUUUUUUUAUUUAAAAUGCAAACUUGAUGACAGAUUGUCUUUUAAUGUAGCAAUUUUUUUUAAAAUAGCAGUUGAGCAUCACAUAUUUUCUUUAUUUAUAUUAAAUAAAUUUAAAAUCUAAGUAUCAAAAGCAAAUAUUGAUCACCACUUCAUUUAUUGAUAAGAACUGAACUAAAAUGAGAAAAAAUGAUACUCAAUUCUUAACUCUCAAUAUAUAAUAUCAUUAUUUGAAUGCAUUAAAAUUUAUUAUGAAGUAAAGUGAGUAGGCAGCAAAUUUAUUUCACUCAAUUUUACAUAAUUGGUACAGCAAUAUAAAUGGAGUAUAUUGGAUCACUUAACCUACUAAAGGUGCCAUGACAAAAUAUUCUUGUGACUUGUUAACUCGAAGAAAGGAGCUUUUUUGGAAGAGGGAACACCUCUAGCACUAUUUCUAAAAGGUACAUAUUUGAAUUGUUUAAAAAGAAAAGAACUAAAAUGACUAGCUGACAUAUGCUGUUUGAUCUUAUAAUUUAUUUUUCCUUUUUUGUCCUACUGUGCCAAGCAAUAUGAAAGUGUUUAAAUAAUUUCCUCAAGCGGGUAGUUAUUAUUAAUCACCAAUGAUAACCUCACCUUAGACUGAUAAGUUUAUUUGAAUCAAUUGAGCAUCACUUAACUUGGCAGUAUUGUAGCUGUUGAUUUUAAAUAAUUAUGGUCAAAAAUAUGCAUUACAGAGACAAAUUGCAGAUGAAGGUUUAGAACGUAAUUUUAGUUUUUAAGACCAAAGUAAUAUUUACAGCAAUUUCCAUUUUAAAUAUUUGCAAUUAUAGAAAAGUAAAAUCUAAAAUAAAAAUUUUCUUGAUGUUAAAACAUUAAUCUACUUAUUUUGUGAACUGAAAUAUUAUUAAAACACUUUGUUUAAUGAUAGAAACUGAACUGGAAUUUCAAUUAUUGGUGAUAAAGUAUAUUAAUUUUUGUAUUUUAUGUAUAUGUAAAUUAGUCCUAAUCAUUAAAGUGAGAACAAUUUAUCACUUACUACAAAAUUAAUGUGUUAGAGUUAUUAACAUUUUUCUGUUCUUAAUUUCAACUAAUACAAAGACCAUACAUACAGAUGCUAUUUGAAUAUUAUUUAACACUGCCAAGUUAAGUUAAUGCCUGGUGUAGUAAAGAAAAAAUCAGAGCUUAACUGUAUUUGAAUAUGCAAUUCAUGAAAUAUGCCAUUCAACUUGAAUGUAAAACUGAUGAGAUUUUUAUACCGUCAUGGUUCCAAAUAAUUCAUAUAUGAAUUUCAUCUAAAUGCUCAUCUUACAUGUCUUUUUCCUUUCACAAAUUUUGCCAAAAUAAAAUUUAAAUAACUA